CUUAACAUAUUUAACUUCUUAUUUUACCUUUGAUGUUUAAUUCUGCAUAGUGAAGGAGCUUGAUUAGAGCAGUGAUGUACAAAAGCAGUUACUCUCAGGCCAACUUUGGCUUGGCUGCCAAGAAGAUGCAUAAGUCGAAAGGCAAGAGCUGUGGUUACUACAUGAAGAUUGUCUUCUUUUUCUCCUCACUCAUCCAGUCUCUGAUCAUCGCAAGUCUGGUGCUCUUUCUGGUGUAUGGACAACCCGAGCACACAUUGGAGGAGAAGAGGCUACAGGAGUUGGACCAAAGCAUCAGCAAACUCACCAUGGAAAAUUUCAUUCUCCGUGGGAAGGAAAAGAACCUCACCAAAGUUCUGAACGUCACUCUCACUGCAAAGCUGAACAAUGACAAAGCUGUGGCUGAAUUACGCAGACUGGCGAACACCUCAUCCUUGGCAAUAAAAAGCUUGCAAGCAUCAAUUUCUCGGUGCGAGGUGGAAAAAAGAAUGACUACUCCCCGCGCAUGCCCUCCUACUGUCUGUCCAGUUUCAAGUGAUAACAGACGUUUACAAAGUAUGCUCCAGCAGUCAGAGGAAAUGCUAAAGCUGGUUAAAGCGAACUUUACUCAGAUGGUGGGCAUUUUGAGAACAGAGCUGGACAACUCCAACAAAGACAAGGAUGAGUAUCACUUGGAAACAAUUAUUCUAAGGCGAAACAAGUCUUCUGUUGAAGAUGAGCUCGCGUUGUACCAAAAGAAGUGCAAAGAGGAUUUUGUCACUUCUUUACGAGGAAUCCCCGACGUCACCAAAGAAUUCCUCAAAAGAAUCGAUGACCUCUUCUCAAAACAUAUUUCUUUCCAGCUAACGUGUGAUAAGCAAAAAAAUCAGCUUGAAAACAUUCGGGAAAACUGUAGCAGUCUUUCAAGAGAAGUCGAGAACAAGCUCCAGUCAUAUCUGGACAUAGUGGGAAACCAGUUCACAGAAAUGAAUGGGGAAAAUGCCAAAUUUACUAUAGAAAACAAACGCCUGAGAGAGGACGCUAUGUGGUGCAAUCAGAAUCGCAGUGCCAUGAUUCGCGAGAGUCGUAAAAAUCUUGAGCAACUUCAGCUCAAGAAUGACCAAGACAGUGAAAAACUUCUGCUGGAGAACAGGAAACUAAAAGAUGAUAACAAACUGAAAGGCGAGCUGAUCUCUUUGAGAGAAAAAGAAAUUAAAACACUCACAAACACUGUUGAGAAUCUCAAUGCUUCACUUGCCAUCUGUAAGCCGUCAAUUCGAACUUACCCAUUCAUGCAAAACCACUUCAAUCCGGCAAACAUACCAAAUAGUGGUGGGACCGGUAUGAGUUCAGCAGGCCUAAACAAACCAAACAUACCAUGGACCGGGGCCGGCUCCACUGGAUCAGCAUUUCUCAAUCCUUAUGGUGCAGGAUCAAGCACAAGAACAGGUGUGACAGGAUCAUUAAAUACAGCUGUAGGGGGGGCAGGGACCCUUUCAGGUGGACUGAGCAGCGGAGGAUCAGGUGGGCCAGGAUCAACUAGAACAGGUGUAGCCCAGACGGGGACAAGUAGUUUGGGUGGAGUAGGACCAGGGUGGGCAGGAUUUGGCAGUGCUGGAUCAAGUGGAGUAGGUAUGGGAAAACCAGUGGUAGGAGGUGCAGGUGUUGGCUCACUCGGGUCUAACACACCUGGAUUUGGAGCAAAUCUGGCAGGAACAAAAACACCAACGGGUGCAACAGAGUUAAGCCAAGCACAGAUCAGUCUUCAUUUGAAGGAGCUAGAUCGCCAUUCACUCCCAAUAUUCACUCCCAAUUUGACGGGCUGAACAUAGUCCUGGCAAAAAUCCCAGUCAGAACUGUUUGAACAUAGAAAUCCCAUAUGUACUGACCCUGCAAAUCUGUGAUGUGAAUACUAAUUAUUAACAUGAAUAUUAAUUACAUUUUGUGGGAUGAAGUUGAUGUUUUUUGUGCAUUAAAUUCAUUUAUGCUUGUAUAUAUCUUAUAAUAUAUAUAUAUAUAUACAUAGUAUAUGUCUAUCAUUACAAUUUUA